UCGUUUUGGAUCGCAGUAGUAUUCAGACGCAAGUUGUCUUUCUAACCGGACGUUUACAUCAUUGUAAUUGUUUUAUUUUAUUAUUAUCAUUAUAAUUAUACAAUAUACAGUACAAUUAUAAUAAUCAUUAUUUCGCUGCGUUGUCAACGUAUUGCGUUAGAUAUUUCCACCCCCAAUUUCUCAGGUAACCAGACGGUUGCGAGUAAUAUCGCAAAGUAAAAUCACAGGGUGCUGCUCUUAAACCGAGGGCCAUCCAUCUGUCCCAAUUUCUUGCCCAACGGGUUACAAGUGAAUUUUUUUUAACGCUAGAAAGCGGCCGUCCAGCAGGGCGUUACCAUUUUAUAUGACUUUUAAUCGACAACGAGAAAAAUUCAGGAUAUCAUCCAGAGGGAAAGGAUCUAGUAGUAAAGGCGGCGGUGGAAGGACCGUGUCCAGACAUCGUAAAAUCAUCAGCAAAAUUACCAAAACCAAUCGUCUGAUAACUACAGUAGCCGGUGAGCUAACAUCAGCACCAUUACUGUCAUCAUUCAGAUUAGGAUCAGUCGUAUCAGCCAGGUGGUGUGAUAGUAUUAUUAAAUCCCCGAGAUACGGACCAGCAGCGUGUAUGAUCAUUGAAAACUAUCCCCCUCUGCCCACAAGAUCGCGGCAAAAUACCAGUCAAGAUACCACCCAACGUUUGUUGAACCAUCUAGUCCUGCCUAAGCACAGAUCAUCAAAAUUUUCCAGUAACAGGCAUCGGAAGCUCUAUCAGCCGUUUAGGGAGACGUGACUGUCGUUAUUAAGUUGUGCGGCUGACCCAAAGCUCGCUGCUAAAACAACUAAAUUACCAGCUAAAAAUUCUGUAAAAAAUCAUCCUGACUCGAUCGUGCUCGUGCUACCACAAGGUAGCAAAUUUCCGUACAAUAAAACCGAUCAAACUGACGCAUCAGGAGGUCUCACUGGUUAACCACCAACACGUUAAAAGAACGAGGUCCAAGACUUUGCCGACUUGAUUAAUUAAAAUUGAGGGGAAGAAAAAAAAGAAAAAACGAGGGAAUUUUGUCGUAAUUAUU